UGCAGUUCCGGUGAGGCCCCGCCCCCUUUGCGUCAUCACGCUGCGCCAGAAAGAAUCACUCUUGGCGCCAAAGACUGUAAGCGUAUCGUUACGCACUUUUGCUGCAACAACAACAAAAAGUUAAUGACAGCUGUUGAAGAUGGAUAUACGCAGAUUCUUCGCGCCAAAGCCUGGCCACGGUGGUGGCAGCAGCAGCACUGACGACGAGCCGAAGAAUAAAAAGAAACCCGCUUCCAAGACUACAAGCUCCAAAUUGGAGGAAAAACGAUCAGUCAAACGGAAGAAGAGGGUCAUUGCUGAUUCAGAUGAGGAAGAAGAGGAGAGGAAAGGAAAGAAAAGCCCUAAACAGAAGCCUGCAGCAUCUGGGAAGAAAGAUCCUGUGACUUAUGUGUCUGAUUCAGACUCCGAUGACGCCUUUAUGUCUCUGAAAAAGUCCUCGAAACUCAAAGAGAACGGCUGCAGCAAAGGGAAGAAGGACUCGGACUCGAAGGAGACAAAAUCGAAGCAGGUGAAAACGCCUCCUGUUAAAUCCCCGAGCGCGAAAGGAGAAGCGAAGAAGAACGUACUCAGUCCGACUCCUCCGAAGUCGACCGCGCCCAAACACACCCCCACCUCUGCGUUUGAUUACUUCGGCAACUCCACGGCCAAGAGAUCCGAUAAGAAGCUGGUGGCCAGUACGAGCACCAAGAGGAAAGUGCCAACACAAGACACCGAGGAAACACCCGAUGAUGCGGCCAUCGCUAAACAGUUACAGAUGGAUGAGGACAUGGAGUUGGAGAAGCAGAUCCAUGAAGAUGAGGAGUUUGCUCGAACCCUGGCCAUGUUUGACGAGGCCCCAGUGCCUAAAAAGGCUCGUGUGGACUCGCGUUCGCCCUCAAAGAUCAGCUCUCGAGCAAACGGUGCAGAAACCAAGCCCGUGCCGAAGGAGCCUUCGCCGAAGAAGAGUCCCGUCAAAGCCAGUUCCAAACUGGCUCUGAUGAAGAAGAGAGCCGACGAAGAGCAGGAACAGCGGAAGAGCGAGAAGGAGGAGAAGAAAAGCAAACUCGUUAUCUCCCCGAAGAAAGAGCCAAUAGCACAGGCUUCAUCCGAGACAGCGGCCACUCCCAAAUCAGGUGUUUCUCCAGGAAGCGCAAAACGCAUUUCCACACCCAAGAGUGGAGGAAGCAACAAGACCUCUCCUACUAAACCAGAGAUCAGUCCGGAGGACUCGGAGAAGAAGCGUAUGAAUUCUGCAGCGUUUCGGAACUACCUGAACCGAGAAGGACCUCGCGCUCUGGGCUCUAAAGAGAUCCCGCAGGGAGAGGAGAACUGCCUUGAGGGCUGUGUGUUUGUGUUAACGGGUGUUUUGGAGUCCAUGGAGAGGGAAGAUGCGAAGUCUCUAAUAGAACGCUACGGUGGGAAAGUCACGGGAAACGUCAGCCGGAAAACCACGUACCUGGUGCUGGGCCGAGACAGUGGAGCCUCCAAGACUGAGAAGGCACAGGGUUUUGGCACCAAGAUCAUAAAUGAGGAUGAGUUACUGGAAUUGAUCCGAACCAAACCAGGCAAAAAGUCCAAAUACGAGAUCGCUGCAGAAGCUGAGAGUAAAGCCACUAAAUCAAGGACCCCAGACUCUAAAGUCAAACGCACCCCUCCAGGACGCAAAGUCUCACCCCAAAAACCCUCUGCAAGCAAGAGCAGUCCCUCGCCGAGGAAAUCGCGGCCAUCUUCCUCUUCUACCCCUGGGACUUCUAGAGCUUCCCGCCAAGGCUCCUCAUCCGAGGUCAGAAAGACUCUGGAAUUCGGUGCAGGAAAAAGCACGCCCUCUGUGGCAGAGGACGAUGGCACCAGCCUGUUGUGGGUGGAUAAGUACCGCCCCCGCAGCCUGAAGAAUCUGAUUGGGCAGCAGGGUGAGCAGAGCUGUGCCAAUAAGCUACUGAGAUGGCUGAAGAGCUGGCAUAAAAAUCACAGCGGCAAUGCCAAACCAACAGCUGCUAGGUUUGGCAAGUUUGGAGGUAAGGAUGAUGGUUCUGGGUUUAAAGCUGCUUUGCUCUCUGGACCUCCUGGUGUGGGGAAGACCACCACUGCUGCUCUUGUGUGUGAGGAGUUGGGUUACAGUUACGUGGAGAUGAACGCCAGCUGCACCCGCAGCAAGAACAGUCUGAAAGAAGUAAUCGCCGAGUCUCUCAAUAACACAAGCAUUAAGAACUUCUACACAGGUGCAUCUCAGACGGUCAGCGAUAAACACGUCCUCAUUAUGGACGAGGUGGAUGGCAUGGCAGGAAAUGAGGACAGAGGAGGAAUACAGGAGAUGAUUGGCCUGAUAAAAAAUUCAAAGAUCCCCAUCAUUUGCAUGUGUAACGACCGCAACCAUAUGAAGAUCCGCUCACUUGCUAACUACUGCUUCGACCUGCGUUUCCAGCGGCCUCGUGUGGAACAGAUAAAGGGUGCCAUGAUGUCCAUUGCUUUUAAAGAAGGUUUAAAAAUCCCGCCUCCGGCCCUCAACGAAGUCAUUCUGGCGUCAAAUCAGGACAUUCGACAGGUGCUGCAUAAUUUGAGUAUGUGGUCAGCCACAGACAAGGUCAUGACCUACGACCAGGCAAAAGCAGACGCUAACAAGGCCAAGAAGGACAUGAAAAUGGGACCAUUUGACGUGUGCAGGAAAGUGUUUCUUUCAGGCGAAGAGACCGCCCACAUGACACUGAUUGACAAGUCCGAUCUUUUCUUUCACGAUUACUCACUGGCACCGCUGUUCGUCCAAGAGAACUACGUACAUGUGCGGCCAGCUGCCGCAGGGGGAAAUCUGAAGAACCAUUUAGUGCUGCUGAGUAAAACGGCAGACAGUAUCUGUGAUGGAGAUUUAGUGGAUAGACAGAUCCGCUCUCGCCAGACCUGGUCUCUGCUACCCACGCAGGCAAUCUAUGCCAGUGUGCUGCCUGGGGAAUUGAUGCGUGGUUAUAUGAGUCAGUUUCCCACGUUUCCCAGCUGGCUGGGGAAGUUCUCAUCCACGGGCAAACACAGUCGCAUUGUACAGGAGCUGUCCUCACACAUGAGUCUGAAGACGCUGAGCAGUAAGCAGGCAGUAAAUCUAGACUACCUGCCCUACCUGCGUCCUGCCCUGCUGGAGCCUCUGCAGUGUCGUGGGGCAGAUGGAGCCAGUGAGAGCGUGAAGCUCAUGGAUGACUACGACCUCAUCAAAGAGGAUUUUGACAGCAUCAUGGAGAUCAGUACAUGGGGUGGACAACCUGAUCCGUACUCCAAGCUUGACCCCAAGGUGAAAGCUGCAUUCACACGGGCUUAUAACAAGGAGUCGCACUUGACGCCGUACUCACUGCAGGCAGUAAAGAAAGGUCGCAGAGGAGCAGUCGACGCUGAUCUGGCUUUAGACCCCGACAAUGACCUCCAGGGACAGGAAGAGGAGGAGGAGGAAACUCUUAAUACGGAUGCCAUGAUCAAGCAAAAGAAGGCUAAACCUACAAAAGAGGUCAAGCAGGAGAAAGCAGGGGAUUCUGGAAAGGGCAAAGGCAAAGGAAAAGGCAAGAAGUGAAAUGAGGCCUGCACUGAGAAGAGCCGUACAGGAAGGCAUAUUGUAAACAAGUGCUCGGUCCUCCUCUCUGUUAAGAACUCUGAUGGCAGGCGGCAAAGAUCAGACCUUCCUAAGGCUAUCGAAAGGUCAGUAUUAACAAGGAGUGAGGGGUGGAAAGAGGAGGCAUUUUCAGCAAUUAAAAGCGAGUGGGCGGCCAUUCCAUCUUCUUGCACUUGACUGGAUGAAACGGACGAUAGAAACAGGGAGCACAUUCACACACAGCACUCAUUUACAUACACACAGUAAAACUUAAAACCAUCUAUGACAUCAAACAUCUCUCAUCUCAGCCCUUACUCUCAUUACACCUACUAUUUCUUAUUCACUUGCAGCUCUUAUAAGGUUACAUAAGCACUUUGCAUAAAUCACAUACUGCUCUUGAAGGCUUCCUGAAGAUGAUGCACAUUCAGAACGCAUUUGAACCGUGAGCUGUAAAUAUAUAUGCGCAGUUGAACUCGUAUAUAAUUUGAUAUUUAGUCAAUUUGAAGAUUGUGGGAAAGAACUUUGUUUUUGUGUUGGCUUUUUUCUAUGGAAAUUUUUCUUACAAACUGACAGUGUGAUCUACUGGCCUGUAGUAUAGACUGUAUAUGACUUUGGAUUUUCAACAAGCAAUUAAAGAAUGAGUAACGUGA